AUGAAUAAGUUUGAGACAAUCGUAUUUGCGGCCACCAAAUCUGCAUUCAUGAAAAACAACAUGGUUAGCGACAACCAGACUAUCAUCAACAAUAACAUCAACAACAAUAUCAUCAAAAACAACAACAACAUCAACAAAAAUGAAAACAUCAUUGAAGUUUCUUCAAACAAAAAAACAAAUGCCGGUCAAAAUUGCGGCGAGGCACGCGCACCAAGCAACUACAAAAAUUUAAACGAAAGUGGCAAAAACAAAAACAAUUCAGAUAUUAAUAACAAUAACAAAGAGUACAACGAUAAACACGGAAUUAAUAAUAAUAAUAACAACAAAAACAAUAAUAAUAAUAGUAAUAACGACAAUAUCGACAACAAAAAAAUUUCUGACAUCGACCUGCUGGACAAUGAAGAUGGCGACAUAUCGACAACAGCAGCAGCAACCGCAAAAACAACAAUAAGCAGAACGACCCAGGAUGAUCAAGUGACCUCCGUAGAAUCGGCAAACGACUUGGAACUAGACCUGGCGUCCACUGAUGAGAUCAAGGUCUACAAAGAUGAAGGUGAUGAUGAGGAAGGUGGGCGGUCAGUUGAAAACCUCAGCGAGGAAAAGUUGGAUCUGGUCAUUGAGACAGAAGAAGCAGUCUUAAACCAUGGUUAUCCCGAUACAUCUAACAUUGAUACAUGUCCUGAGACGUCCGUGCUUAAACACUAG